GAACAAUAGUCAAACUUUAGAGGAAAAGGUGUGGCAAAUAGAAAUUAAUGAAAUGGCUUAGACUCCUUUUAGUACGACGAAAGCGGACUCCUAUGCCGCCAAAACCCUAUGUAGAUACUUCCUCUCCGGGAAGACAUAUGGUCGAUAAAAGAUUAUAUGAUAUGGGAGAUUUAAAGAACAUCGAUCCGGAAAAGCCGCACUGGCAGGAUCCUCGCUAUGAAACACGUGAAGAGGUGCCUUUUUUUGAUUUCUUUGGGUUUAAUCGAGAUUGGAGCUGGAGCCUUUUUAAAUUGUCCUUGUUGCUGUUUGGUUUGCUGAUGUAUUGGGAGAUACGGAUGUGGAUUUACACCAAAGAUGAUGGCUUUAGGCUGUUCGGAACUCCAAUGAUCUCACCAAUCCCUAGUUAUGCGCGUGAUGACAAAGAUACUGAGGAGGAAUUGAAAAAAGCGGGGUACACCUAUAUUGGGGUGAAGAACUUGGAUAAUUUAGGCUUAACUGAUUCGUUGAAAUCGCCACCAACGCCAUCGUUCUAAAAGGGUGUGAAAGAGUUUGUAUUUCUAGACUGGACUCUGUACACUUUGAUUUAUUCUUUCAACUUCCUAUUUUUUUAAUUAGGUGUGAGUAAAGAAGUGGAUUCUCUCCAUUCAUCUUAUUUGUCCUCCCUUUAAAAUACACUUAGGCAUUAUUGCCCUAUCUGUAUUAUUAGUGGAAGUCUAUAUGAGUCGAUUGCUUGU